CAUACAAACACACUCCCUCCCUCCCUCUCUCUCUCUCUCUCUCUCUCUCUCUCCGGUCUCCAUCUCUCUAUCCUUUUCUAUCUAAAAGUUUCAAGGUCUUCAAUUGAUUCAAUUUUUGGGUCUCAAUUUUUCUGGGUAUCUUCGAUUUCACUUCAAGAGUGUCUCAAUUUUUCUGGGCAUCUCUUAAUUUUGUAGAUGAAGCACUUGAUACGAAGAUUGGCUCGGGUUGCCGAUUCGUCGCAGUACAGUCUGCUUCGAUCCGAAUCCCAGACCCGGCGUGGAUCCGACUCUUCGAAAACUGCGGCGGCGGCUAGGAGAGCUGAACAGAUAGUGAGGUCGAGGGCCUCUUCGGCCAGAAGAAUCGGGCGGACGAAGUCGGUCCCGGAGGGUCACGUGCCGGUGUACGUCGGAGACGAGAUGGAGCGGUUCGUGGUGAGUGCGGAGCUGCUGAACCACCCGGUUUUUGUCGGGUUAUUGAACAAAUCGGCUCAGGAAUAUGGGUACGAACAAGAAGGUGUGUUAAGGAUCCCCUGUCACGUGCUGGUGUUCGAGCGAGUCAUGGAAUCGCUCCGACUCGGUCUGGAGUCGCGUGACCUCCAGGAUCUGCUAAGCUCUUGCUACUCUGAUGAGUUAUGAUAUUUACUUUUUCUCGGUAGAACAGUAAAUUAGGCGGGCCGUCGAGGUCUUUUUUGUAAAUACGACCAUUAGCCAUAUAUGGGAAAACAGAGAAGAAGAAGAAGAAGAAGAAGAAGAAAUAGAAUGUUUUAAUUUUGUUUUUGUUUUUUUAAAUAUUAUUGCUGUUUCUGCUAGUUGGUGUAAAGGACUUGCCAAUGCAACUCAGAAGUAAUGUUAAAUUUUUUUUUUCAUACA